AUGUGGAGGCGCUGCUGGCGGCUGCUCGGGUCAACGAACCGCUACACCGACGGCUCGGGGCGGCGGCUGGACACGUCUGAGCUCCCCAGCGAGUUAUACCUGCAGCCCAUCAGCAACCGCGCGUACCCAGUUCAGGGUGAGCACUGGCAGCCCGUCGUCGCCGGCGAGCCGUCCCCGCAGAAGGGCAAUGUCAUCAUAUCGGGUGGGGGAGUUGUGGGCAUGACAGUGGCCUCGCUGUUUGCUCUGCGGGGCUGGCACACAACAGUCAUUGAAAAGAACCCCUCUGUGCUGGAAGUUCCGUCCAUUGGCGAGACGGGGGAUACGAAGGGUGCCUCGCGGCCGUGUUGGGGCUCCUCUCUCGGGCUCCAGCACGCCCUCGUUACGCGUCGCGCAGCAGAUGCGCUGGAGGCGGCAGGCUUGUCAAUUCGUGAUGUGCGGCAGUGCGGCGUGCCUGUGUCAGGCGUCAUGGAUCACCCCGGGGCGUACAACAGUUGGCUGACGCGCGGCCUCACAGAGCACCACCCGUUCGCGCUCAAGAUGUUGGCGGUGGAUUUGCUCGAGCUUCGUAAGGUGUUGGAGCAGCAUGUGCAUGCGCUGCCAACCGGUAACUGUCGCCUGUUCCACCAGCACGUGGUGGAGGCGGUGUAUCCGCUGAAGCAGCAGCUCGUCGUCAAGCCUGUCCACGAAAGUCAGGUGUACGCGCGGCGGGCCCAGAUGGUGACGCCCAAGAGCGGCAGUGUUAGUAGUGGUGGUGCUGCGGAGAGUGGCGAUGAUGGUGAUGCAAACGAAAUUGUGGUACGGCGGAGUGAUCGCAUGGAGACGAGCCUCACACUCCACCGCAUCAAGUGGGAGAAGAGGUUUGCCAGCGAAGCGGUAAAUUACGACCUCCUCGUCUCUGCCGAAGGGGUGGACUCGCACCUGCGGAAUCUUCUUGACGUGGAGGGAUUCGCUGCCGAUGUCGACUUUGGUGUGCGGUGGUUCCUGCUCAAGAGCACACGAUUGAGUCACACGCACAUCCACCGUUGGCUGCAUAAGCGAAGGGGUGCGAUUGCGCAGCCGUAUGAGGUCCAAUCACCAUGUCAGGUGCCUCUGGCUAUUGCUUUCCCACGACGCCAAAAAGAGGCAUCUAGCGAGGAGACGGUUUAUGCUAACAACAGCGAGAAUCAUUUUGACAGCUUCGCCCUCAUGACGUAUGCGCCCAUCACAGAACUUGAGCGCCUUUCAGAUGAGGAAGUGCUGCGCACGUUCUGCCCAGACCUUGUGCAGAAUGAUGGCACGUGCCGCAUCGUUUCGUUCACGCAACGUGCGGUGCCUCACCCGACGGUUUACUGUGAAAACCUCUUUAACAGCGUCGGUCUUCCCUCCGCUGUGGUGAUUGGCGAUGCCGCCCACGCGUGCAAUCCCUUCUGGCUACAAGGCUUAGCAAUGGGCCUCGAGGAUGGUGUAAAUCUGCUCAAUCAGGUGGAUGCCUACUCAAAACAUUUCUACGAUGCCAUUAAACAGUACAGUCAGGAGCGUGGCUGCGGCGGCGAUGCACUGCGGGAAAUUACAGACCGGUGCCUUUAUUACGAGCGGGCAAAACAUAUCAACCCGCUUGUGCGCUUUCAGAACAGUUACCAGCGCGCUAUGAACUUUAUUGUUCCAGGAAUGUUUAACGAGUUCUACUCUGGUGCGUCUGUCAACCACGUGUACUCCAAAAGUAUGGAGGAGAUGUUAAAUGGUCGCGGUUACACAUCGUAUGAGUACGCUGAAAAACAACAGGCAAAACACCGGGCGUUUUUUCACAUUGGUAGGGUGUAUACUUAA